AUGGCCGAUAACGGAAUUCACCAAAUCACUCAGGCCGAGCUCCUGGCCCAAAUGGCAGAACUGCAAGCCGAAGUCCGAAGACUCGCUGAGGCGUCCACCCGAAACAACGCCGGCAAGCAUGAGGAGAACGGCCCCAAAGGCCCAGGCAAAGACAACCCAGAUCUACUGAGUGUCAACCCAUCAAAGGAAAAGUUAACCUUGGACAACCCAUUCUCCGAGGAAAUAACCAACUAUCAGAUGCCGAAGAAUUUCACACUUCCUUCUUCUCUUGAGCCAUAUAAGGGGAUUGGUGACCCCCGAGCUCACAUUAAGAAAUUCCAAUAUAUGAUGUUCUUUAAUGGCCCUAACAAUGAACCCGUGCUUUGCAGGGCUUUUCCCACAUACCUUGAUAGAGCUGCAUUGCUUUGGUUCUCAAAAUUACCUGAAGGAUCAAUCUCUUCAUUUGAGGAGUUGGCGAAGUCCUUAAUCAACUACUUCGCGGCGGCGCGGAUAUAUGUGCAUGGAUCAGACUACCUAGGAACCAUCCGCCAAGGUCUACAAGAAAGCCUAAAAGACUAUAUGACGAGGUUCGCAGAGGCCACCAUGGAGAUACCAGACCUGGACCCUGCCGUCCAUCUAAACGCUUUCAAGGCCGGUCUCAAACCCGGGAAGUUCAGAGAAACAAUCGCAGUAACAAAACCAAAAAUAUUAGAAGAAUUUCGAGAAAGGGCGGUCGGACAAAUGGAGAUUGAGGAACUCCGUGAAGCCGAAAAGGCAGAAAAAAGGCAACCCAGAAGGGAGGAAAGCCGAACAAUUAGGUCGGCAGACCACAAAGAUUCAGGAAACCGUUUAAGCUCACCCCAAAGUUCGACAAUUACACCAGGUUCAAUACAAAGAGGAAAAGGAUCAUCAAAGAAAUACUCAAUGCUAAAAUCAUAA